GCUAUGGCCGUGAUUUUUCGCGGUGUGUGCCAUAACUCAAAAAACCGGCUGCCACCAUUAUUUAAAACCACGCCUGAGAUUGGGGAGUCAAGCUCAGGGAAACUCUCCAUAGUAUAACCGGGGAGGAUUCCAUUGUAGUUAACGGCCUUUGCAUGUCAGUGAGCUGCAAAGGCUAACUCGCCAAGAAUUCGUGGACUGUCAUGGUUAUUUAUCAACAUGAAAAUGCUCAGGACAAUCCCUACAUUUUUCCAUCAACCCAAUCAUGCAUUUUCUUCCGUCUCAACUCAAUUUUCUCUACAGCCAAACAUCCCCAUGUUCCCGCCAGCCCCACCAAAUUUGAAAAUCCUGUGCUCCAACGGUCAACUGAAAGAGGCCCUUCUAGAAAUGGCCGUGCAAGGUCUUGAAGUGAACUUCAAAGGCUAUGAUUCAAUCUUAACGGAGUGUGUGAACCAACGAGCCAUUAGAAAAGGUCAAAGAGUCCAUGCCCACAUGAUAAAGACGCGUUAUCUCCCGCCUGUGUACCUCAGAACCAGGUUAAUUGUCUUCUACAGCAAAUGUGAGUGGCUGAGAGAUGCACGCAGAGUGCUCGACGAAAUGCCUGAUCGGAAUGUAGUUUCUUGGACUGCCAUGAUUUCAGCUUAUUCUCAGAGGGGGUAUACCUCUGAAGCUUUGGAUCUUUUUGUACAGAUGUUGAGAUCAGGUACAAAGCCAAAUGAGUUCACUUUUGCAACAGUACUUACCUCUUGUUUGGGUGCUUUUGGGCUGGAUCAGGGAAGGCAAGUCCACUCUUUAAUAAUCAAGAACAAUUUUGACACGCAUAUGUAUGUUGGCAGUUCACUUCUUGACAUGUAUGCGAAAUCUGGUAGAAUCCAUGAAGCUCGGGAAGUUUUUGAAGGCUUGCCAGAGAGGGAUGUUGUAUCUUGUACCGCCAUAAUCUCAGGCUAUGCUCAAUUGGGACUUGAUGAGGAGGCUUUGGAUCUAUUCCGUAAGUUGCAGAAGGAAGGAAUGAUUUCAAAUUAUGUUACUUAUGCCAAUGUUUUAACAGCAUUAUCAGGGCUUGCUGCAUUAGAUCAUGGCAGACAAGUUCAUAGUCAUGUACUUCGAUCUGAACUGCCUUUCUAUGUGGUUCUGCAGAAUUCUCUGAUUGACAUGUACUCAAAAUGUGGAAAUCUCAACUAUUCAAGGAGGGUCUUUGAUAACAUGCCUGAGAGAACUGUUAUAUCAUGGAAUGCGAUGCUUGUCGGUUAUGGUAAACAUGGGAUGGAAAGAGAGGUGGUCAAGCUUUUCAAAUUGAUGAGAGAAGAAAAUAAAGUUAAACCAGAUAGUGUCACUUUUUUGGCUGUUUUGUCUGGUUGUAGCCAUGGAGGAAUGGAAGAUAGAGGGGUGGAAAUUUUUGAAGAAAUGGUGAAUGGGAAAGACGGGGUUGAACUAGAGAUUGAGCACUAUGGGUGUGUUGUUGAUUUGCUUGGACGUGCUGGCCAAGUAGAAAAGGCUUUUGAAUUUAUCAAACAAAUGCCUUUCGAGCCAACUGCUGCUAUUUGGGGCUCGCUGUUGGGUGCUUGUAGGGUUCACAUGAAUGUUCGUAUUGGGGAAAUUGUGGCUCAUCGGCUUUUAGAAAUUGAGCCUGAAAAUGCUGGGAAUUAUGUUAUUCUGUCUAAUUUGUAUGCUUCUGCAGGGAGAUGGGAAGAUGUUAGGACUCUAAGGGAAUUGAUGAAGAACAAGGCUGUGGUGAAGGAGCCAGGAAGAAGCUGGAUUGAGCUUGACCAAAUGCUUCAUACUUUUCAUGCCAGCGAUCGAUCCCAUCCAAGGAGGCAAGAGGUAUUUUCAAAGGUGAAGGAAUUGUCUAUCAAAAUCAAGGAAGCUGGAUAUAUUCCUGAUUUGAGUUGUGUUUUAUAUGAUGUGGAUGAUGAGCAGAAGGAGAAGAUUCUCCUAGGCCAUAGUGAAAAGUUGGCCUUGGCUUUUGGACUGAUUGGUAGCCCUGAUGGAGUCCCUGUUCGGGUCAUGAAAAACCUCCGUAUUUGUGUGGAUUGCCACAAUUUUGCCAAGUUUGUGUCAAAGGUGUACGGUAGGGAAGUAUCUUUAAGAGAUAAGAACCGAUUUCAUCAUAUCACUGGAGGAAUCUGUUCAUGUGGAGACUACUGGUGAGCUUUGUUGUCCUGAGAAUUAAUUGAUGCGCAGGUGAUGUCCUUGGACACUUUGAAGAUGCAAUACAAUUAUUGCAUGAUGUUGUUUCUGGUUUAGGCUAUAUUUGUUGUGUCAAUCUUUCCAUGAAAUGAUGACUUCAUAGUGGCAUCUAUUUUUCAAAAAACAGCAGUGGGACGCCAUAAAAACUGACACAUUUUGGGUGAAGAUUUUAAGAGCCCUGGGUAACUGGUGUAUGUCAUGCGUAGUUGGAAUGCCAACAUGAACAGAAGGCAUAGACAAGUAUAUUGGCUGUGGAAUGAAUAGGAGAACAGACGUACACCAAAUUCUUCUUUUGUGGCUUGCUGGAUUCUGACAAGAUCAUCAUGAUUGGUGCUAAGUAGAAAAUGCUUUAAGCCAUGAAAGCCUUAUAUUGAGAUACUUAGAAGGAGAUUGAUUAAGGGAAGCUAUAUUCAACCAGCCAAUAAGAUCAGUUAUGUUCGAUCAGUAAUGUGAUACAGCCUUGUAAGCCACCUGCUCAUUAUAAUGCAUGCUUGUAUUGGAAGCCUCGCUCAUUUGGUGAAAAAAGAAUUGCAUCAAGUGGGUGGAUGUUGAGGAGUCGUCAAAAUGCGGAAAUGGGCUGAUCCAUAUUUAUUGCAGCUACCUUGGAAUUUCAAUGCCAGAAUUGAGAAUUAUAUUGUGAGAUACUAUUCUGAAAUGGCAAAGCCAUAGAAACUCAUAAAAUUAGUGUUGCAUGCAGAAUACAAUUGCGGAAAAUUCUAGCUCUUGGCUUCUUCUUCUUCUUGAAGUAAAUGAGGAAGCAAUUUUUCAGAGCUUUCGGAGUUGCUUUUUCUCACGGUGUAAUUGUUCAAACAUUCAGAUGCAGCUGAAUCAUGUGAAGUGUACAGCACCUAAUUGAAAUGGUUUUGUGUUUGACAGUAGAAAUUUUUGAAUGGGCAAAAUAUUAAUACAGACUAAUUAUUUUUGUGUC